GCGCGCCCCUCUGGAAUGUGGGUGGAGGCUGCUCAUUCCGGGGCCCCAGGCGUCGGCUCCAGGGCGGGGGCAGGUGGCAGCCGCCAGGAAGCGGAGAUCCCCCCCGAGGUCAUCGAGAGGCUGGCUCAUAGUCAGAUCCACAGCAUUCGGGACCUGCAGCGACUCCUGGAGAUAGAUUCCGUAGGUGCUGAGGGUGCUCUGGGGCCAAGCCUGAGAACCCGGGGGACCCACGCCAAGCAUGCCCCCGAGAGGCGGCCAGUGCCCGUCCGCAGGAAGAGGAGUAUUGAGGAAGCCAUCCCCGCAGUCUGCAAGACCAGGACGGUUAUCUAUGAGAUCCCUCGAAGCCAGAUUGACCCCACCUCUGCCAACUUCCUGAUCUGGCCGCCCUGCGUGGAGGUGAGGCGCUGCACGGGCUGCUGCAACACCAGCAGUGUCAAGUGCCAGCCCGUCCGCGUGCAGCACCGCAGCGUCAAGGUGGCUAAAGUGGAGUAUGUCAGGAAGAAGCCAAAAUUGAAAGAAGUGCAAGUGCGGCUGGAAGAGCACUUGGAGUGCACGUGUGCGAUCUCACAUCUGAACCCCGACUACCGGGAAGAGGGGACAGGAAGGCCUAGGGAAUCAGGUAAAAAACGGAAGCGAAAAAGAUUAAAGCCCACCUAGACCGGCCGGCCAGAUGUGAGGUGAGGAGCAGCCCCGGCCUUCCCCGGGCGGGACACGGGUGCCCGUGGCGUGUUACAUUCCUGACCCACCGUGUAUGGUGCUGUUGCCAGCGUGGGGCCUUUGUUCUCCUCCACGCGGCAGACCGUCUCCGAGGACCCUGGGGAACAAAGAGACAGUGCACAUUUGUCUAACGUCACAUCAAAGCAAGUAUUGUAGCACUCGGGGAACAGUCACAGGCUUCCUUGUCCAGGAGAGAGAGAGCGGGAAAGAACGGACCACCGCGCAGUGGCCCACAAGGGGACGGAUGCCCAUGGGGCCAGCCGGCGAGAGGACCCCCGGCACGGUGGGGUGCGGUGGGUGUUGCAGCCGCCAGAGGACUGGGUGUGUGUGUCGAGGUGCUCCUGGCCACCGCCGCUGAAGAAGGAACCUGCCUCCUGGAUGACUCCCUGCGGGUGCACUGGUGGGCAGGCAGGCGGUGCCGCCGGGGCAUGCAGAGCUGGGAAUGUACCCGGAAAUACCACGCCGACGCCGAAACCCCACCUCGCUCGGGUGCAGCGCUUUCAGGCUGUGCAGAAACCUUGGGAGCCUUAGUGGAUUUUUGUUGUGUUUUGUUUUUUACACCAUAAAGUGAUUAUUAAGCUUUUUCCUUUUUACUCCUUGCCUCGCUCUCUCUCUCUUUUUUUAAUUGUCUCUCGGACGAUGAUGUGGACCCGGUGACCCACAAGGUGUCAGAGGUGGGCGGUACUUUUGUUCCCAGCAGAAUGCAGGCGAAUGGCUUGAGAUGUGCUCAAUAAACAUGGUCUACCUACCUAUGCACUGCUC